AUGGAAACAGUUUUACUUAAUGGAAAUGAUUUGACACCAGAGACUCUGAAGAGUCUUCAGAGCUUUGAGAGCAAAAUUGAUUUGUCGGAGAGCGCUUGGGAGGCGGUUCGAAGCGCUAGAAAAGUUAUUGAUAAGGUGCUCGAUGAAAAGAGAACUGUUUAUGGAAUCAAUACAGGCUUUGGAAAAUUUUGCCGGGUCCUUGUCGAGCCCGAGCGCCUCGUCGAACUCCAGAACAACCUCAUCACUUCUCACGCAUGCGGAGUCGGUGAAUGCAUCCCUGUUGGCCAAGCUCGUGGGCUAAUGGCUCUGAGGAUCAAUAUUCUUGCCAAAGGAUUUAGCGGAAUUUCCGAAGAAACGAUUUCCCGAAUGAUCAAAGCCUUCAAUUCUGGUGUAGUUUCUCAAGUUCCGGCGAGAGGGACUGUUGGUGCUAGUGGUGAUCUGGCCCCACUGGCGCAUAUUGCGCUCGGUCUUCUUGGCUAUGGAAAAAUGUACUCCCCAAAAACCGGAAUCGCUCCUGCUGAAGAAGUCCUGACAGCAAAUAAUGUUUCAAAAUUAGAACUCAAGCCGAAAGAAGGACUCGCUCUUAUCAACGGAACUCAAUUCAUUUCAACCAUCGGAUCAGAAGCGCUUGUUCGAGCAGAGAAUCUGCGAAAAAGCGCGGAUAUAAUUGCUGCCAUGACGAUUGAUACUCUUUCUGGAAAGGUUUAUGCUUUCGAUGAUACCAUCCGCAAAGCUAAGAAGCACAAGGGUCAAUCAAUCAUUGCAUCGAAUCUCCGAAGCCUCCUUGGCCGAGGAUCCGCCCGUAGCCGCCGGAACAGCUUCUCAGAUGAUCACACAAACUACCAGGAUCCAUACACUUUCCGAUGCGUCCCUACCGUUCAUGGGAUUGCCCUGGACUCGAUCAAGUUUGUCCGAUCAAUUCUAGCCGUCGAGCUCAAUUCUGCUACCGACAACCCAAUGAUUCUCGCGAAAAGAGAUCGAACAAUAAGCUGCGGUAAUUUUCAUGGAGAAUAUCCAGCGAAGGCCCUGGACAUUCUAGCAAUCGCCGUGCAAGACAUUGCCAACAUUUCCGAGCGCCGAAUCGAGCGACUUUGCAACCCAAGUUGCUCUGGUCUCCCUGCUUUUCUGGCUCCUGAAGGCGGGAUCAAUUCUGGUUUUAUGAUGUCGCAUGUGACGGCUAGUGCGCUCGUUUCGGAGAACAAAGUACUUUGCCACCCAUCAUCGACAGAUUCUCUUUCGACUUCGGCGGGCACCGAGGAUCACGUGAGCAUGGGAGGUUGGGCAGCUAGGAAGGCCUUGCAGGUUGUCAAGAAUGCAGAGCAUGUAUUAGGAAUUGAGCUCCUAGCAGCUUGCCAAGCAUUUGAUCUGAAAGAAAAAGACGGUCAAUUCUCCUCAACCGAAACUCUCACAAAUGUCCGUGAUCUUGUUCGGGAACACAUCACCUUCAUGGACCGGGACCGCUACCUUUCCGAUGAUAUGGAAAAAGCAACUGAACUGAUUGUCUCUGGCAAAAUUGCUGAACUCGCUUCAUUUAUUCAAUAA